AUGGAUCUGGAGGCCUCAGUCGAGGACCCAACUGACGACAGCAAUGAAAGUGAGGCUAACCACAACUCCAAGGAUGACGUGGACUUUGAUACCUGGUCAUCGCAGGAUACGUUAAAAGAAGAGCUACCGCCGUCCUCACAGCCAACUCAGGCUCCCGAAUCAACAAUCAAAUUUCGGCCUCUACGGUUCAACCAACCCGGCGUCAAUCGAACUAGACAGAGUCCCGCUUGGCAUCUCUUGCAUAUGGUCAGCCGAAUCCCUGGAUCCUCGAUAUGUCCGGGCUCAUGGACGGCUCCGUCGACAGAUCAAAGUGUGGCCACCUCGUCAGGGGGAAUUUGGGUGGAGUCCGAUGAUCGAGGUGUGAAUUCAUACGCUGUAGCUGCGACGCCUGAUAGAAGAGGUGUGAUGGACUUGCCGGCAGGCGAGACAGAUCACUCGGAGCAACCAUCAGUCUUGCCAUCCAUCUGCCUAAACUGGGCCCGCUGUCUGGACAUGAAGAGCUGGCCAGAGCAAAUGGACGCUAAGCCGAUUCAAGGCGACCCAUGUCUUUGUCGACUGGGCUAUGCAGGCCGACAUUGCCAGCUGCGUAAGCACUUGCUGAUGAUAGACCUUUUGAAGAUGUGUUUGCUUCACUAA